GCGGCGGCUCUGGCCGGUAUUUAAAGGCUGCCGCUGGCCGCCCCCCCCCCGAGUCUGGCCAGGACGGCGACGGUGAAGCACCUGGGUUGAGAGGGAGCCGCAGAGUAACGCGCCACCUCGGCCUCCCCGUCCCCAGCCCCGCCCUCGCCGAGGCGGGUGUGAGUGGGACCCGGGAGCAGGUCUCAUUGCGCGUCGCCCACCAACGCCUUCCUCCCCCACCAUCCUUACCCAGCCCCAGUCCCACCCAACCCACCUGGGCGGGUGAGACAACCCAAGUGCGAAGGACAAGAGAUUCCGACAGAAGAGCGAGUGAGCGAGCCCGCGCAGAAGAGGGCCCCUCCCGGAGAGAAAGGCGUGAGCCCGGCGGCAGGCACGUGGCCCCGUGCACAGACAGCCUUUUCAGACCGUCGGCGCCGGCCAAACUGGACGGCAGCUUCUAGGACGCUUCCAUUUAGAUCUCUUGGAGCUCCCCGAACGAUGACCCAGACCCUCAACCAAAGGGAGGACUCUCUUAACCUGGGCGCUGGGGGGGCAUCCUCGACCCCGUUACGCACCUGGUCCUCCUGCCAGCGGAGGCGCAGAGGCGCUCCGAUUUACAAGCGACGCCACCGCUACGGCCCCAAGGCCGAAUAUGAGCCCCAGAGGAAACAGCCGAAGCAAAAGCACGGCCCCGGCCCUUGGUUUCAACCACCCCGACGGCCUUAUUGGGCCGUGUACUCUAACUGGGGGCGCUGGGGAGGGCCCUGGCGCCCACCCCCGGCGGGAUUCCGGAAGCCCCCCUGCUGGGUGCAAGUGAUCCGGGUGUACGGCCUGCAGCCGCUCUGCUUUUGCUGCUGCUCCUGCUGGCGCGGGCCCUGGAACCCUGGCUGGGAGAGGCCCCCCGGCAGGAAUAAGCGCUGGGGCCGCAGGGGCCGCGGCCUGCGCCGCCACCCGCGCCGGCCCUCCCCGAAGAGGCCGCCUGCGGAGGUGAACACGCUGCUGCGGCCCGUCAGCCUGUCCGCGUGGCCCGCACCCGGGAUGCGGGCGCCGCCCAACACCACCCAGUUCAUCAUGAACCAGAUCUACGAGGACAUGCGGCAGCAAGAGAAGCUGGAGCGCCAGCAGGAGGCGCUGCGGGCGCAGAAGGCCCGGGAGGGCGGCCUGGCCUCCCCGGCGGCCUCCUCUGGAAACGACGCGCCCCCCAACGGCGGCGAGGAAGACAUGGAGCUGCGGGAAACUUCGUAUAGCUAUGCGCACAAUCCUUUACUGGUGUUCACUCCUGACCCCAACGAGGAGAACCAGUCCCCCACCCUACAGCCGGUGGAGGAAGGAGAGGAGAAAAAGGAUGAUGAGGAGGAGUGUGACGAGGAGGAGUGUGAUGAGGAGCAGGAAGAGGAUGAGGAGGCUGAGGAUGAAGAGGAGGUCGAAGAGGCUGACUCUGUGGAGGAAGAGGAGGAGAAGGAAGAAGAAGAAGAGGAGGAGACAGAAGAGGAAGAGGAGGGGCUGGAGGAGGAUGAGCAGAGAGAGGAAGAGAAUCACCUGCCUCUGAAAAUGCCUUUAUCAAUCCUAGUGGGGACUGAAGAAGAGAGAGAGAACUUUAUAAACUGUACUUAUUUAAGCCCAGAACAGAUAAUUCCUGAAGUGCCACAGGAAGCUCUCUUCAUGGUACAGGACAUUAACUAUUAGACAUCAGGAAAGGGAUUGAGGAACGGGAUGGAACUGAUUGAGGCUAAAGUGGCUUAGCAACUUAUUAAAAACGAAUUAAAAGGCCAGUUCCAUUAAUAAACAUGUCUAUGUUAACCCUUUCUUUGGCCAUUAUAAAAAUGUUUAA